ACUUUUCUGCACAGCCUGCCACAGGGCACCUUUCACCUUUCAGCUGAUCCGUCAACCUUUACACUUCACACCCACAUCGAACCUUACCGUCCGCGAAAAUGGCUACUAUCUUGAAGAGUGGAAUUCUUCCUCUGGAGGCCAUAAUCAGAAGAAAUGGAGGAAAGCUGCUUGGUGCUACAACGUCCCUACCAAACCUCCGCCAGCCUAAAAGAAAUCUUAAUUUACAUGAGCAUAUGAGCUACACUUUCCUCAAUGAAGCUGGUAUUGAAACACCCAAAUUUGGUGUUGCCACAACAAAAAGUGAAGCAGUAGACAUUGCAAACAAGCUAGGAACUAAGGAUCUUGUUGUAAAGGCACAAGUACUUGCUGGAGGCAGAGGUAAAGGCUCCUUCAAGAAUGGUUUCAAAGGUGGUGUCCGAAUGGCUUUUAGCCCGGAAGAGGUUGGUGACAUUUCAGAGAAAAUGUUAAAGCAGACACUAGUCACUAAGCAAACUGGAGAGAAGGGAAAAAUUUGCAAUGCUGUAAUGGUUGCGGAGCGCAGUUAUCCAAGAAAAGAGUACUACUUUUCUAUUAUGAUGGAGCGAGCAUUCAACGGGCCAGUUGUCAUUGCAUCUAGUCAAGGUGGUGUGAACAUUGAAGAUGUUGCAGCUGAAAAUCCUGAUGCUAUUCUUUAUGAACCCAUUGAUGUAAUUCAAGGUUUAACCCGGGAGGUAGCUCUAAAGGUUGCCGACAAGGUUGGUUUGAAGGAUCAGCGAGACAACACUGCAGACAUGCUUCUUAAGCUGUAUGACUUGUUCCUGAAAAAGGAUGCCUUGUUGGUGGAGCUCAAUCCCUAUGCUGAAAAUGCUGAUGGAAGAUAUUUGACUCUUGAUGCUAAAAUGAAUUUUGAUGAUAAUGCUGACUUUAGGCAAAAAGAACUGUUUGCUAAGAGAGAUUUAACCCAGCAGGAUGAGAAGGAAGUUGAAGCUCUAAAGUAUAAUUUGAACUACAUUGCUUUAGAUGGGAGUAUUGGUUGUCUAGUCAAUGGGGCUGGUCUUGCUAUGGCCACAAUGGAUAUUAUAAAGCUCCACGGAGGAAACCCAGCCAACUUCCUUGAUGUAGGCGGUGGUGCUACUGCCAACCAAGUGAAGGAGGCUUUCAAAAUCAUUACUUCUGACCCUAAGGUACACACCAUUCUGGUCAACAUAUUUGGUGGUAUUAUGAGGUGUGAUGUAAUUGCAGAAGGUAUUAUUGCUGCAUGCAAAGAGUUAAACCUUAAUGUUCCAAUCGUCUGUCGUUUGCAGGGAACUGAAGUUGACACUGCUAAGGUUCUCAUAGCCUCUGCAGGAUUGAAGAUUCUUCCCACUGAUGAUCUUGAUGAAGCAGCUAGAUUAGCAGUAAAACUCUCAAAUAUUGUUGGCAUGGCUCGAUCAGCAAACCUCAACAUCAACUUUGAGAUCCCCAUUUGAGCUCCUAUGCUAUUCCUGGACAUAAAUUACAGUGCAGUUUGGGGGAUAUAACACCUGCUGGAAGGAGUGUAAUGCCCUUAGAACUAUUUCAAAUCAACCGAAAUUGAAGGAUAAUGCUCAGCAUUGUUAUGUUGGUGUGUUUGUUAUAGAAUUCUAUGAGACCUAAUUUAUUAUGAAAUUCAACUUUCUUGUACGAGAAAGUAUUUCUCAUUUGCUAUGCUUUCAGCACCUACCUUUUACUCUUUUACUCUUAUGUAAUGUAUCGGAUUAAUCAUCAACUGGAAUGUGGUUUAGAAAGUGCUUUUAGAUGUGUUUUUUUCAUUCUACAUUAAUUUUUCCCUGUAAUUUCUGCUGUUUAGAUGAAACAUUCUUUCCAUUUCAUCUCCAGCUGUGGAUUCUAUGUAAUUCAACGCAAAAAUGGCCUCGCUACUUGUCAUUGAUGUCCUUUACUUUUGUAAGCACCAUUUCAUGACAUUACUGCAUUUGCAAUUGUUAAAGUUUAGGCUAUGAAGAAUUGAGAUUGAUUCACUUUAACUCAUAGAUUAAUCCUCACUGCCACUGUGCACUAUUAACUCUUACCUAUCAUUACACCAAAAUUGUAUUCUCUUCUUCCGUUGUGCUGCUGGUCUGUGCCUUUUUGGUUCAUAUGUUUUUAUUUUGGAUUGGUAUGAUGUACACCAUUCAAAUUUUAACUGUUGUUAUAUUUAUAAGGAUUUGAUCUAUGGCCAUGACCCUGUUUAUCUGGUUGUCAUUUAUGCUUUUCUGUAAAACUAUCGAAAUGAUUGAUCCUUAAACAUGCAUUGUUUUUGAUUGUAAAUUUGUCAUAGUUUCAAAUGUACAGUUGUAAUUAUUCUACGGUUCAAAACAACUUUAUCCUGUACAAAUACUGCUUGGCUGGAUGUUGGAUGUUCACACUGAGGUUUGACUGUUCUGCUGGACAAGUCAUGCAAUUAUGGAUAGUUUUUUUUUUCAUUAUAACUAAUUAUACAUGGUUGUGAGUUUUGAAGUUCCUUUUCAUUGCGAACAACAAACAAUUUUUAUUACUGUAAUACUGUAUUGACUGAUCCAGUUCACUUCUCAGCAGUAUUUCAUAUUUCAUUGAAUCCAAAGUCCAUUGAAGGUUAGUACAGAAGUGUGAAAUGUGUGAAUAUGUAUAUUUCCUACCAAAAAUUUGUGAAGUAUUGUUGAAUUCAUAAGAGUGCGAUAAUACUCAUUAAGUUAUGUAAAUUUAAUUUAAUGUUAUUCUUUAAUUGUGUGUCAAAAGCCACAUCUUCAUGCAGUGCACUGCAAAUCUAGUAAUUUAUCACAAAACAAACACCGUUUCAGUUCUAGCAAAUAAAAAAAAUAUGAAAAUAAUACCCUUGUGGUAUGAUAUUUUAUACACAGUUGUGUAUCAUCAAUCAGUAAUAAAGGUUGAAAACUGAUGGCCA